GAAUGACGUAUUGAAAAUUCGCUGUCAUUGUGCCACACAAAUUACAACCUAUAAAAAGUAAUAAUUGAAUCACGAUGGUGUGGUGAGAAAUUUGAUUCUAUUUUUAUUUAACCAAUUGAUGCUUGCUGAAUGAAUUGAAAGCGAGAACUUCUUUAAAAAAUAAAAACUGAAAAAAAAACUAAAUGAAAAUCCAGGGGUCAUUUCCGCUGCUGUUGCUAGGCAACCAGACGCUUGACAGCGCACGUCGAGAUGGACACCACUAACUUGCAAUAUUAAUGAUGGCGCAGAAACAAAACCUGCCCAAGAAAACAUAUGUCAAGACUGGAGUUGGUAGAAGCUUUGGACUUAUUUACUUGCAGAGGUGACUUUUUGUUUCUGACAUAUUUAUUUUCGUUUAAGGACCAGUAUAUUACUUGAGUAAGUAGGCCUACCAUCUUUUAAGCAUUUUAAUGUAAAUGACUAGACAAUUGCGACACACUGACUUUUUGACACAAGCAGGUCAUGGAAGGGAAACAAGAAGAUCUGGAUGAUGUCCAGGAAGAACGCAAAACAACUUUAUUAUGGGAAAAGUGCAUCCAGCAGAGAAUCAUGGUGGAUCUCAGUGAAGAUGAAAGUCUCCACUUAAGUGACCUGCAAGCUUCUUGUUUAGCUUUGUCGCAGGCAAAGUCUGCCGUGUCUGAGACCAGCAUUCAUUUCAGUGACUCUAUUCUUGUCAGGAGUGACACGGUGAAGAGCAACGUGGAUCUCCGAAAUCAGGAACAUGAGGACUCUGGGCAAAAUACUAGCGAUGAGGAUCAGGAGGAGCUCCCUUACGACGGCGACCAUUCUAAACGUCUUGAUUUUGUUGGACCUCAUGUGGAGGAAGAAGAAGAGGAUGUCACUGACAAACAGGAUGAAGAGGUCGUCCCACCUUGUGCUGGACCUCCAGUAGACAUUAACCAGCUGUUGCUGCGGCAUUUCUCCCAGGAGGAAUUGCUGCAGAGUGGAAGGUUGAUUGAAGCCGAGACCCUUCCAGAGGUUUCCCUGCUGGAGAGUCUAGACGACCUCCUCGGUAGCAAAUCGACACGCAACGACACGGUGGUGUCGGCCAGCAUUUCCGAGGAACCUUCUGUCAGAAGUUUUUACAGCGACGGCAACAGUCCAUCAAAAAGAGAACGUGAGGAAGAGGACAAGACAGCAUCCAGUCCAGAUGAGAGUGUUGCAGCACCAGCAAAGUGUGAAGAAUCCCAAGUUCACAUGAGGAAAGUUUCACAUUCACGCAGUAGGUCCUUUGGCGAGCUGAAGUACGGCCAGGGUCAAGUCCAUUACCCUCUUCCUGACUUCUCCAAAGUUGCCCCUAAGGUUAAAAUUCCAAAAGCACCCAGUGGUCCAGUCAGGCUUGUUCCUCAAGUUCCCAGUCCCAUGGUCCGAGCCCAGUCCGAGCCGGGAAUGUUAGAGGUGAUCAGCAGGGUCCUGGAGGACUCAGGCCUUCAACCUUCAGAGAUGCCUCAAGUCCUCAAAGACACACAGGACCAGACCGGUCCUGACUUGGUGCAUCACUUUCAGGAUGAAUAUGAUAAACUACUGGCCAAAUAUGGCAGGGCGGAGAAUCUCUUUCUGGAGCUUUCUUCAGACAUUUGCAAUGAAGGAAACCCCAGGGAUGGAAGCCAUGUUGGAUCGGAAGCUCCUCACAUUCUACCACUGGAGAACAAUGUUGAAAAAGUCAAAUCAGGUCACCGGAAUGAGAUGAAGCCCAACACAUCCGAUCAAGAUGGCGGCAGUGAGGCUGAGAAAAUGACUGCUGAGCUGAGAGCUGUCCUUAGUCACUUCAUGCAAACAGUGGAUGAGUUCAAGCAGAGUGUGACCAACAUGUCGGUUAGCACAGAAGAACAACAAAUGAUCUUAAGGAGCUUGAUGGAAGCGCAAGAUCAACUGGAAAGAAAAUACAUGAGCAAGAAAGAGGAGCACCGAGCUCUGGAGAUGAAAAAUGACUUGGGCCUGUGCAGAAACAUCGGAACGUUUGACCCCAACAGGUUGGUGGAAGGGGAUAUAUUUCGGGCGGGUAUGCACCUGGAGGAUAUUAAGGAGAUGAUCGACAAAAACACGUGCGAGCGGAGCAUCUCGCCUCUCUUGUGGUCAACUCCUACCACAAACAAGCUGCCAGUGAAGGCCACGCCUCCACCAGCACAGCAUCAGGGAUCAAGUGUAAGUUUGACCGCGACGACAAAGUCUGAGGCACAACUGGAGGACGAGAGCAGUAAAAAUGAUGGAUUAGAGGAAAGGAGUGAGCUCAUAUGCAAUGACUCAAUGCAAGUCAACAGGUUUUCUGUCUCUGUGGAGGGACCUCUGGAUUCUGAGGAUGAGGAGAACCGUGAAGAAGAGGAAGGACGAGCUAGCGGUGGAAUCAAUGGGAAAUCAGGAAGCGCGCAAGGUGGCGUUCCAAAUCAAGAAUGCGACGUUGGUGAGGGUGUCAGACUGCCUGUGGAGGUCCACUCAGCAUCUAAUGCACAUGCAUGCAGAGAGACAGACAGUGGAUUUGGGAGUUCCUACUUGAAUCAGUCCGGUGGAAUGUUGCAUCUUAAUCAUUCCUCCAUAGAAAGUCCACAGGCCUUUCCCGGAAUGCCCAGUGAUGGACUUUGCACGUCAGACAGUGAAGGAUCCUCCCAUAAUUUGUUGACAACUAUCCAUCCAAAGGACCUAAGCAGUCGACGGCAGAAAUCUGCAUUCCAAGCACAGCCUGAAGGUUCAGCAGCUGCAGUAGAACGAUGGGUGCAAGAUACCAUUAAAACGUCUUCUCUCAAGCUGCAGGAUCCUGAUGAAAACCAUCUCCACGCCUCUGAACCAAACCUGAUGGGUGCAGGGCAAAGAGAAAGGAAUCUGUGCACUUGUCAUAGUGAAGCUAUCCUGGCCUUGCAGGUAGAGGUGUCAAAACUGAAGAAAGACCUGGAAGAAGGUCUGGUCCAGUUGCCUCACCUAGCAAGAAAGAUGGAUUACCUGGCCUCCAAAUACAGGCACGAUCGCCAGGAGCAUAGGUCUGAAACCAAAGGCAGGACCAACUACAAAAUAGCCAGCUUGUGGAAGUCAUCAAGCAGCAGACAGAGUUUGAGCAAUUUCAACUCGAGACAGUUAAAACUUGAAGACUGGAUUUCAACAGAGAUGGAGCCAAGAAAGAGAAAAGCAGAGGGCGUCAUCAUCAGAGAGAGACGCUUUCUUCUCACACCUGAGCAAAGGCCACUGCUCCAGGUCAGCUAUGGCUCCUCCUGCAGUCUACCUGCCAGCUACAAAUUGAAAGAACCGCACGCAACCAAUCAGCGGAAGCGUUCCACCCAGUCCGACUCAGCGCUGCUGCCGAGCGACGUGUACUUUCAGCACACUCCAUCCCCUGCCUUCCAAAAGCCUGGCUGCAGGAUAGGAAGCAAGGAGGAGGAAAUGAACAGGACUCUGGACCAAGCCAUCGAGGCCGCUCGCAGCAUGAAGAGGACAACGGACCGCAUGGCCAAGAGACUGACGGCAGACCUGGCCAAAGCUCAGCUCCUCCCGCAGCAACAUUCCGCCACGAGGGUUCAAGAAACAUUUGCACAGAAACAGCAUAAGAUCACAAGAGACAGUUUUUAAUGCAUCAUAUGGACAAAUAUUUUUGACUCCAGGGGACUUUCAGGAUUUUUAAGACUUUUAUGAAAUGUAAUAAUUUACCUCCACUAGAAAUAAUAUGGUCAUCUAUAAAAUACUGGUGGACCAAUCAGGACAAGCAUUAUUCUGUGUUAGCACUAGCAUAAAUGCUAAUUACUGUGUAGAUGGGCUUGACCAAAACAUUGAUGCAUACACGCAAAACAGUUUGAGUUGCACGUUUUUAGUUGAGCACAACAUUGAUUCAAAGUUAAAUAUAACUGAAAUGUA